AUGGAGACGACGAAGCUGGCCGAGCUACCGGCGCUGGCCGACGCGCCGCCCUCGGAGCGCAUGAAGCUCUUCCGGCAGAAGCUGCGCCUCUGCUGCGUCGUGUAUGACUUCAGCGACCCGAGGAAACAAGUCCGCGAAAAGGACGCCAAGCGGCUCGCGCUCCUCGAGCUCGUCCAGCUCCUCUCCGAUGGCAAGGUCGCGUGGAGCCCGCAGGUCGUCGAGGACCUCAUGACUUGCGUCGAGGCCAACAUCAACCGACCGCUCGGCGGCAAGCGCAUUGUGAAGGCUGCGGGCAAGGACAAGAUCGAAGGCGUCGACGAAGAUGAGCCCGUGCUCGAAGAAGCAUGGCCACACCUUCAGCUCGUGUACGAGCUGCUGUACCGCUUUGUGCUUGCCAAAGUCGACCCGAAGACCGCCAAGGACUACUUCUCGAAGCGCUUCAUGCUGCAACUGCUCAACCUCUUCGACUCGGAGGACCCUCGCGAGCGCGACUACCUCAAGACCAUCCUGCACCGGAUUUACGGCAACUUUAUGGCGCUUCGGUCCUUCAUCCGCCGGUCCAUCAACAACGUCUUCUUCACAUUCAUCUACGAGACGGGCCAUUUCAACGGGGUCGUCGAGCUCCUCCAGAUCCUCGGCAGCAUCAUCAACGGCUUUGCACUGCCGCUCAAGACGGAGCACCAAAAGUUCCUGGAGAAGGCUCUGAUUCCGCUCCACAAGGCGUCGAACGUUGGACAGUACCAUCAGGAGCUUGCGUACUGUACCGCGCAGUUUGUCGAGAAGGACCCAACAACCGCGACGUCCAUCAUCCUGGGGCUCUUGCGGUUCUGGCCCGUCACGGCGAGCGCCAAGGAGAUUCUCUUCCUGAACGAGCUCGAAGAGAUCAUCGAGUUAAUACAACCCGAACAGUUUGCCCAAGUCAUGCGGCCGCUCUUCCUUCAGAUUGGUCGGUCCAUCACGAGCCCGCACUUUCAGGUGUCGCAGCGCGCCUUGUAUCUCUGGAACAACGAGUCGCUCGUGAACCUCGUCGCCGUGCACCGCGUGGAGAUCCUGCCCAUGAUCUUUGGGUCUCUGUACCACAACUGCGACAACCACUGGCACACAACGGUGCAGAGCCUCACGUUCAACGUCCUCAAGCUCUUCAUGGAGAUGGACUCGCAGCUCUUUGACCAGUGCUCCGCGCAGCUCGUGGACCGUGAAAACAAGAAGCAGCAGGUGUGCGAUGACCGGCUGCGUCGGUGGCAGCAGCUCGAACAGCGCGUGCAGCCCUUCCGCCAGCAAGUGCGCUAA